ACGCUUUCAAUCUCUACCAUAACUCAUACCCCCCAUCUUAGGAAUAAUCAUAUAACCAAAAACAACUAUAUAAAACACUUACAGGUGGUCUUUGCAGUUUCUACCCUCUCCCAACUCAUUUCUUGUUGAAACCCCACCCUUUUUAUCCUCCAUUCCCCAGGCAGGACCCAUAAUCGUCAGGUUUCAGGUGGUGCAGAGGACACCAUCGUCAUCAUGGAUGGAAUGUUGAAGCUUUUUGUUUCAGCAUGCAUUCUCAUGUCCAUGUUGCUGACUUCCUCUGCACAAUCCUGCUCAAGAUAUGCCUUCUCCAGCAACCGGGUGUUCAGUUCCUGCAAUGAUCUUCCUUACUUGAACUCUUUCCUUCAUUGGAAUUUCAAUUCGUCUUCUUCCGGAGUCCAGAUUGCUUACAGACACACCGGAGUCACCUCCUCCAUGUGGGUGGCAUGGGCCAUCAACCUAGACUCAACCGGCAUGGUUGGUUCACAGGCUCUGGUUGCUUACCGCAAUCCUGAUGGAACCAUUAAGGCUUACACUUCAUCGGUCGACUCUUACCAAACCGCAUUGUCUGAGAGCAACCUUAGCUUCCCAGUUUCGGAUUUAUCAGCCACAUAUUCCAACAGUGAAAUGAUUAUUUACGCCACCUUGGAGCUUCCAAACAAAAGCACUACUGUUAACCAAGUCUGGCAACAUGGUCCACUUUCUGCUACCACUAACACUCCUGGGGUUCAUGCCUUCUCCGGACCAAAUGUUCAAUCCAUGGGGACUCUGGAUCUUCUGUCCGGACGAUCUGCCACGGCCCCAGUAGGAAAUUCAAGAACGAGAAAUCGGAAUAUUCAUGGAGUGUUGAAUGCAGUGAGUUGGGGUAUCCUGAUGCCUAUUGGUGCGAUAAUAGCAAGGUACAUGAGGGUAUUCAAAUCCGCAGAUCCUGCAUGGUUUUACCUUCACGUAACAUGUCAAUCCUCAGCUUACAUCAUCGGUGUUGCUGGAUGGGCAACUGGCAUCAAACUUGGCAGUGAGUCUUCUGGUGUUCAAUACACCGCCCACAGGGCCAUUGGCAUCGUUCUAUUCUGCCUUGGAACACUCCAGGUGUUUGCUUUGCUUCUAAGACCAAAGAAGGAUCACAAAUACAGAUUCUACUGGGACAUCUACCACCACUCAGUUGGGUACACUGUCAUCAUCCUCAGCAUCAUCAACAUAUACAAAGGUUUUGACAUCUUGGACCCUGAGAAGAAGUGGAAGAGAGCUUACACUGGUAUCCUUGUGGCGUUGGCCUUAAGUGCUGUGUUUUUGGAAGCUUUUACAUGGUAUAUAGUUUUAAAGAGGAAGAAGUCAGCAAGAUCUGGAAAGAUGAAUGGAGCAAAUGGGGUUAAUGGGCAUGGUGCUGAGACACCAGGAACGGCCUAGACGAAAUUACUUGCUUUCGUCUUAUUUUGCCUUGAAUAUAAAGUUUUAUCAUCGUUCUCACCCUCAUUUAUACACCCUUAUUUAUAUUUACCAAUAUACACGAGGUUUAGAUGUUAUUCUUUGUUAGAGCGGUUUUGGAAUAACUGUCUGAAGAUGUUUUAAUACAUGUAUAGACUCGGAGCUAGACACAUCUGUUCUCGUAUAUUUGUAAUUAUAUAUAUGGGUUUGUAUCAUGUUUUCUC